UCAAAAAGCAAGGCGAGUACGCGCACCCACCAUUCCACUCGUCCCGCCCAAAACCUUGGCGUCGCUUGGGAACGAUUGCAAAUGACGCCCAAAAGGUGGAUCGAUGGGGACGAGAGCGCUGCCGAGAUGCUCGGUCGGGUUGCGGCGGAGCGACCCUUCUUGCUCAUUCCCCCUCUCCACCGCGUUCCACUCCGCGUUGGCAAUGUUGUGGAGCUCGUCGGGCCCUCUUCUUCCGCCAAAACCCUCAUCCUCAUUCAAGCUGCUGUGAACUGCAUUCUCCCAAAGGAGUGGAAUGGGGUGCACUAUGGGGGCUUGGAGCGUUUGGUAAUGUUCCUUGACUUGGAUUGCCGCUUCGACAUUCUCCGCCUUUCGGAGAUGCUAAAGCUCCGAAUUAUGGAACCCAAUGGGUCAAUGAAUUACGACGAGGGUUUGUUUAAUUUGUGCAUGAGACGCUUCUUGUAUGUCCGUUGCUACGAUAGUCUUCAGUUUCUUGCCACUCUCAAGACAAUGCAUUAUCGGCUUCGAAAGGAGAAAGAAGAGCAUCAUGUUAGCAUUUAUUUACUCAUGAUUGACAGUAUUGGAUCUUUCCAUUGGAUAGAUCGUGGCUCAACAUUCUUUCCGCUUGGGGGCGAGAAGAGGAAACGCCUCUCUCUUCAGAAUGUGUCGGAUUCUGUAGUUCAAGAGAUCAGAAAGCUUCAGCUGGUGCAUCCCAUGCUUGUGAUAGCUACAAAAGAAAUACUUUUGGGGAAUGCAUAUGGUGCUUAUGAGGCCAAACAAAAUAAAUCUUUGCCAGAGGUCUCGGAUUUAAGAAAUUCAACGAGUAAUACUCAACAACUUCCAUAUCGCGAGUAUAUGCCAUCCGUCUGGCAGUCCUUUGUUACACACAACUUACUUGUACGAGCUUCAGAUGAUCAUCUGCCGAUAAGACAUCAUGAAGAAUCUUCCCUCUAUUUGUCUGAAUGGUUGUUGCCUUCACUUAGUUUCCGAGACAAGUUUAUCGUGAAAGAUGCUGGUAUCGUUAUGGUUUCCUGAUGAGAAUCUGGCAGGCAAAUGGAGUGCUGUCUCCUUAUUUCGUGAACUCUCAUGGUGCCAAGUAUCAGGGAACUAUCAAAAAAAAGAAACAAGGGAGUUUCAUGAAGAUUAUGGAAGUGCAGACUUGUGGUUGGGUUCCAGUUUUGGGGAUUUGCCCAUCUAGUGGUACUGGUAUCAUCGUAUUGGAUUGACCUCCAGGUUGCAGCACAUCGGAUCGGAAGAUAGCGUUCCGCUUGUUGCUUCGUUCGUGUAACACGAGCGCGGUGACCUCAUGCAUGAAAAUUGAAGGGAAACAAAGAGCAAUCUUUUCUUUUGACAAAUAACCAGAUGAGGAUAUCAUAGACCUAGCAGUGUACAUGAUUUGGAGACCAUUUAGAAAUUCAUGUGUCAACAUAUUGACUCUGACGAUUAUGCUGUUUGUAAGGUGAAACAAAAGGAGGAAUGAUAAGAAGCCAAGCUGUAUCCGUUUACGGAUAUUCAGUCGCUGAUUUUUUAAAAGAUAUUUCAAUAUGAUAGUGUUAUUUACAUAUAUUUUUACUUUUCACGUCCCCAUUUUUCACCUGCAAGCUUUUCCUUUUGGCAUGGAGUUGAUGCGGGGGCCAAGAUCUGUUAGCUGCAAUUGAUAGAAUGACUUGUAUGGAAUUGAGUUCAGUUUGGCCACAAUAGCAAAUUUCUCGAGAUAAUCGAUGCUAUAGGUUUGUGUGAAA